CGUUUUCCCGUUGCACCCAUUGGCGGCCGUGUAGUUUCCAUGGUAACGGAUUCCAGGGCUUAUCCGUAGAUGGCGGCCGCGGCGUCCUCUGGAAGUACAGGAGAAAGUACGCAAGCCCAUUCGAAAUGGCUGGAUGCCCACUACGACCCAGUGGCCAACCUGUUCACCUUUUCCUCUUGCAUCACCCUGGCUGACCUGCAUGGUGAUGGAGACUGUAAGCUGGUGGUGGGUGACCUUGGCCCGACGGGGUAUGAGAUGAAGCUGAAGGUGUAUCAGGGCAUGGGCCUCCUGAGCGAGAACGCCCUGCCAGAUCUGCCUGCCAGCGUUGUGGCCUUCUUGAUGGACCAGCAUGAGCCACGCGUGCCGGCAGUGGCUGUGGCUUCCGGGCCUUUCAUCUACGUGUACAAGAACCUCCGUCCCUACUUCAAGUUUACUCUGCCUCCAAUGGAACCGAAUCCCAUGGAGAAGAGUGUGUGGGACCAGGCGAAGGAGGACAAAGUUGACCUUCUGUCAAUGAAAGAGAUGCUGGAAGAAAUGCGGGAAAACUCUGAGAUCCCCUUAUCAGUGCAGUCCUUGAGGUUCCUAACUCUCGAUCCGCCUGAGAUGGAAUCUUUUGUGAACCAACAUAAGCUGCAACCCAUCAAGCGCCAGACUGUGAUCACCUGCAUGGCCACCCUGAAGAAGAACAUGGUGGACGAGGAUGCCGUCAGCUGCCUCGUGAUUGGCACAGAGAGCACAGAAAUCCUGAUCUUAGAUCCUGAGGCUUUCACCAUCCUAGCAAAGAUGACGGUGCCCAGCGUGCCAGCUUUCCUGGAUGUCACAGGGCAGUUUGACGUGGAGUAUCGGCUCACGGUGGCCUGCCGCAACGGGUGCAUCUACAUCCUCCGCAGGGAAUCCAAGCGGCCCAAAUAUAGCAUCGAGCUGACGGCUCAAGCGGUGGGUCUGGUCCGGGUGCAAAAGAACAUCGUGGCGGCCUGUUCGGAUGACACCUUGCAAAGCUAUACUCAGAAGGGAAAGAAACUCUGGGUGGUUAACCUGCCAGCCGCCCCCAUCACGAUGGCUCUCCUGGACGAAAAAUUCCAGAGCUUCCAAGCGGUGCUGGUGGCCUUGGCCAACAUGGAGGUCCAGGUGUAUCGGGAGAAGAACCUGGUGAAUGUCAUCCAGACCCAGGAUGUCGUGAGCAGCAUCUGCUUUGGCCGAUACGGGCGGGAAGACAACACCCUCAUCAUGACGACCAAAGGCGGGGGAUUAAUCAUCAAGAUCAUGAAACGCACGGCCACGUUCAACAAGGGGGACGCUGUGGUUGGAGCCCCCAUGGCCCAGAGCAUCAAACUCAACGUUCCCAAGAAAACUAAGCUGUAUGUGGACCAGACGCUGAGGGAGCGGGAGAGUGCCGUUGCCAUGCACCGAGUGUUCCAGACCGACCUGAGCCGCAUACGCCUCAUGGCAGCGCGCGCCUACGUCCAGGCGCUGGAGUGUAGCAUGGCGCCCAUCUCGGAGUCGCUGCAGGAGCCGAUCAAGAUGAAUGCAGUGGUUCAGGGCAUGGGCCCCAAGUUUAAGCUGAUCCUUAACCUCCAGAACAUGUCGGACAUCCGGGCGAUCGCCGGCCUGGUAAUCAGCUUCCUCUAUGAUGAAAAGCUGUACUCCGUCCAGCACCCUUUCUUCAAGGCCCCUAUGUUGGUCCCAGGACUGAAUUACCCCCUAGUAACCUUUGUGACCUGUCUCAGCGACCAAGCCAUCUCCGAUAUUAUUAAGGUGUUCGUGUUGCGCGAGGGGGAGACGGAGCCGCUGCUCACGGCCCACAUCAGCAUGCCUGUCAGCGAGGGCCUGGCAGGAGUGUGAACAACCUCGGGGCGGGGAGGAAGAGGAACAGUCUUGCCUGGCGCAGGGGCACUCCCCCCCCAUGCUGGGCACCUCAGGGAGAGCGUCUCCUUUGCCUUCAGCACUGUGACACGGUUGCUCAGGGAAGAAUCUCUAGUUCCAAGACAAGUAGACGCCAUCCGUGAUGGCAGCAGACAGCGCGGGGGUGGGGGGGUGGGGAAGAACGCACCUCGAGAGAUUCACUCAGGAUAAGCCCAGGUUAGAGAUAGCUCGCCUUCUGGAUUUGGAAGCAGAAGGCCAGGGCAGUUAAGUUAGACAGUAGUUCAAUAAAUGUUAUGCUUUCCUCUU